AGAUACUUAAACAUACAUACUCUCCAUUUAAGCGCUUAAUCCUUUGGUAUACCUAUUCUCAGUACUUUCUUUCAUUUCUGCCAAGUACGAAAAAUGUCGGCAUCAGAGAAUGAGGUGGAAUUUGUUACUUCAGGAAUGUUCAUUAUCGACGAGAUUGAGUUCGAUGGGGGAAAGAAAAUUCGGGAUAUAAUUGGAGGUGGAGGCAGUUUUGCAUUAGUCGGUGCUCGGAUUUGGAGCUCUACCGCUGAAAGUAAGCGAUUAAGGCUCAUUGUGGACAAAGGGUCUGAUUUUCCUGAAAGCGUUAAGACAGAACUAGACGGCUUAGACGCUGGGAUCGUGUAUCGUGAGACCCCCGAGCGCAAAACCACAUAUGGGUAUAACCGUGUACAUGACAAUGGGUUACGAUUAUUUGAGUAUCUUUCACCGAAAAAGCCCAUUCGAGCACAAGAUUUGGUUGAAACGGGCUCGAUGGAAUCCAAAACUAUCCAUGUUAUAACAAGCCCCAAAAACUUUAUUAGCAUGAGCGAAGAAAUUGCUAAAUACGGAUCGUUAACAGAUCGACCUAAAGUUAUAUGGGAGCCUACUCCUGAAUCUUGUUGCCCUGAAAAUUGGCCAGUAUGCCAAAAAGCAAUGAAGUACUGUGACAUAUUUUCUCCCAAUGAAGUGGAUACAGCAAACCUACUUGCAGUCGACAUAAAAGAAGCAAAAGAAAGGGCUGAACAAUUUGCAUAUGCACUUCAAGAAAUGCAGAUUGGCAGUAAUGGACAGGGAUGGGCAGUUCUCCGAUGCGGGUCUGCUGGAUGCUUUAUUGCUCCUUCUACAAGUCGGACAGCUCCACACCAAGAUGAAGUUCUUGCUCAACGCGAUGUUAUUCAUCUUCCUAGCGUACCCAUGGCUCCAAACUCCGUACUGGACACAACAGGAGCAGGUAACACAUUUUGCGGCGCCCUUAUUUUGGAGUACCAUAGAACAGGAAAUAUUGUUUUAUCUAGCGUGAAGGCCACUGUUGCAGCAUCUUUUGCUAUUCAGCAGCAUGGACUCCCUAAGCUCACAAAGACGGAGAACGGAAUCGAUCUCUGGAAUGGCGAAUCGGCGUUCCAAAGAUUGAAGGCUUAUUAUGAAUAUUUACAAAAUCAUGAUAUUGAAUCCGUCCGCCAAGUUACUAAGCACGGAUUUUAAGACCUUCAACGUGCCAUAUAAUAAACUUGGAGGCAACUUCUGAGUUCGUAUUUGUUCUCUUUUUUCAGCGAUCAACAGUAUGAAAGAAGGGCAAAGAAAUGCUUAUAGUUUGGAACUGUUAAUUUUUAAAAAAAGUGAAAUUGUUUCCUGCUAUUAAUGAUAUUAUUAAUUACAGACUUACAAAAUUGAGAACAACCACGAAUGCCUAAUGAAAGUUAUUGGUUUCUAUUUCACUAUCCUAAGUAGUUAGAUUCAUUAUUAUUCAAUUAAAAGCUUCUCUUGUUUCAAUGCCA